AUGUCGGAGGUAAAAGACGCUCUCGCAGAUCUGCAGCAGAAUUGCGCGAGAGUCGAGGAUAUCGACGAGAUCCGAGCCUCCCAAACUGAGAGACAAAGCCAGAGCAGCACAGUACAGCACAGUCAACCGCCAGUACCGACGGAUACACAAAGAACGCAGCGCGAAGAAGAGGAGCAGCAUAGAAGUUCACCGCACGUAGUAUUCUCCAACUUAGGGAAUCAGCCGGCACACCGUGCCGACACCAUCGGCAACACGGAAUCAGCGCCGCUGUCACAGCCGACGACUCGGCGAAGCGGUGCCGACGAGCCGGCACGACAGCCGAACUCCGCGACACCGAGCUUCAUGCCAUUCACGCCGUAUUUGACUAGCACGCCGCGAGGACAAGCUCUUGUUACUCCAGCAACUAAUAUGCCGACAUCUGCUUCGUUUAUUACUGGUCUGGACGAUGGCCGCGUCAAGCUCAAGCCUAAUGAUUUCCCCAAAUUUGGAGGGAAAGACGAAGACAUUGACCGAUGGAUCGAGCAAGGAGACGCUAGUAAGUGGCUCACUACACUAUCUUACGCUGAACGCAGCCGCUUGGUUACCUGGCAAGACUGGCAAGACGCACUUCGUGCAGAAUACCGGAAAGCGAACUUCGAGACUCACAAGGAGGAAGAGCUGCGGCAGCGCAUGUGGUAUCGCAACGAAAGCUUCGCCGAAUACUAUACAGACCGACGAUCAUUACAACGUGAUAUGAUGCUCGGCAUCCCUCAAUCGAUGCAAACCCUCAUCAAGACGGCUACCGGGCAAGUUCUUAAUAAGAACUUGACAAUUACUGAAUGGAAGCGUUUAGUUAUCGAUGCAGAACCCGGUCUGAUCGCUCAAUAUGUCUCGGGGACCGAGACCCUUUUACAGAGGGGGGUACCAGUCGAAUACACCGUCGAAUUCCAAUCCUAA